GGCCGCUGUAGUCCACGUCGUGGACGAUCCUGGAUUAUCAAUACCAGUCAUACGAACCAUAUCAACCCUUACUCGUAAAAUCCAAGCACUUGGCAGCCCCUCCAGCCAUUGGAAUCCGCAGAAAGGGCUUCACCUCAUGAGCAACAAUGGAGAGUCCCGCGCCCUCCAACAAUGGAUUCACACAUGAGGCUCUUCCAGACCCGGCUAAAUAUAUGAGGCUCCUGGAGGUCUUGGAUGACAACUACUCCAAGACUACCAAAGUCAGGUGUCGGCUGACCACAUGGCCGAUCAACAGCAUGCCUCCGUACCACGCUGUCUCCUACACAUGGGGGGAUCCUAAGUCGAACACGUUCAUACUUAUGAAUGACAAGACCUUGGAAGUCCGAACAAAUUGCGAAUUAGCCCUGAAACAGGUCUACUGGUACAGAAAAAGCCAGUCUUUCCUUUACCGGAAGCGGCAGGCCCAUUUGUACCGGGAGACCAGAUCAGAGUGGUACACCGAGAGCCGGUAUUUCUGGGUUGAUGCCCUGUGUAUCGACCAGUCCAACGACCAGGAGAAGAGCAAGCAGGUCGCCAUGAUGGGAAGCAUCUACAAAAAUGCAUCACAUGUGUUAUCCUGCAUCGGGGCUCACGCCGAUGACAGUCUCUUCCUCUUCGAAUCGCUUUACGGUCUCAGCCAUUACCUGGUUCAGCCCAGAAAGGUGCUCAGAAAAAAUCGAGAUGGAAACGGUCUGAGCGGGUUCUCUCUCCGGUUUCGCUUGCUUCACCGACACACAUCCCUCCACAGGUUUGGUCUCGCCUUGGCCCGGUUAGCUGUGAGACCGUACUUCACCCGUGUUUGGAUUCUUCAGGAGCUACAACUUGCAAAAAGUCUCACGAUCCUAUGUGGCCGGCAUGUUUUGGCGAAGGAAGACGCACUGCACCUGUUCGAAGAACUGUUUAAAAACCUGGAACUCGUCGUCGACAAAGACAACACACAAUCUAUCUUAAUGACACCUCACCUCAACUUUAUCGGUCACAGAUUCCUUCGGAGGCAUGUCAACCACGGGUUCCCUCAUCCGUUGCUGCACGGAUCCUGGCUCAAUGAGCUGCCGAAGCCGUGCAUGGCGACAAUCUCAAUGUUGAAGCAGAACUACGCGAAUGUGAAAAACAACUUGUUCGAGCUACUCAACGAGGUUGUGUCUCAUUUGCAGUGCCAGGACCCGAGAGACAAGGCGUAUGGGAUCAUAUCUUUAAUCGACUGGGGUGAGAUCGCGCCUUUGGAGCCGGAUUAUACGCAGAGCCACCUUCAGGUCGCUGUCAAGUUCAUUGAGGUGAUUGUGAAGCUUGGUGAGGUUGAAAAGCUCACUGAGCCCAUAUGGAAAUACGUCAUCCUUGUCGUGAAGCUUUUCGAUUUCACCGUUGAUUCCCCAGGAAUUGCCGAUGCCAUCGAGGCACGCCAUCGUCCCACACAGGAGCCAACGAACGAAGAAUGUCAGUCGGACCCGCAAGAAGAGAGACAAGCGGCAAUGGAAGCCCUCGAAGGACCAAAAAUAGGACUUGAGUGUUUGGGUUGGUGUCUUUCGCCUGAAGACAUUGACAGAAACAAGUCAAAGUUGCAAGACUUGGAGGCGACGCCUCCGCAGUAUCCUGAACACGAUGCAUUAUAUCUACCGCGAUGGGCCCAAGCAGACGACUGGGUGAUCGAAUUGGAACACCAAACGCCACAUGACUUGUGGUACGGUGUCCCCUCGAAUCCCCUACACCAACUAGAACCCAACUAUAUACCGCUGCUUGUAAUAGGGAAAGGAAUCGAGGGUCGUCGCAAGGCUCGCAUCGGGUAUGGCUUCUACUCGCCACUGAAAAAGUUCCACAGACCCAGUUUCAAGCAAGACAAUUCUGCGCCAGCUUACUUCUAUUUUGAUAUAGAAGACUCGAUCAUAUUUCUCUGGAAGAUGAAACAGCUUUAUGAGCUGAAUCUGAGUUCCAAAGACUGGAUGGUCGAAUUCCUCGAUACAGAUGUCUCUAGUAAGCAUCAGAUACCUGGGCCCUCCUUUGCCGCGCUCCCAUCCGAGCGUCCAGAAAGGACAAAGCGAUAUAAGCCUGCAUUCAGGGACAAUCGAUUUUGGUCGUCCUUUCGCAACCUUGAGCGUCAUAGGUACAGAAAUUUUGUCCUUUUCGAUACGAAGACGCGCCGUGGCUGGUUCGUCAACGGCCGGGUCGUCGUGCUGGAGCUACUAUGCGCGUAUCUCAAGAACAUUCCUCAGGCCGAGCCGUUCGACUUGUCCACGUUGAACUACAUCGAUGACAGGUCCUCGAAAAGAGAAUUCAUGGUGCUCAAUGAUUCGGAGAACCUAGAGACCACUAUAUCCAGAGUUCUCAAAGACACCGGAGGGACGCCUGUGACCAGCCAGUCGCUUCAAGGCCGGGCCAAAGUCGAGGAGAAGCUCAUUGUCGAUGUGCUCAAGGAAAUCUACCAGGCUCUCGCAACUAUGGAUCCAUUGAAGCGAUUCCCGGGUGAUGUGGAUCGCUUUUCCCUCCUCCAGAUGCCUGUCAAACAACGUCGCAAUGUUGUUGCAAAGGGAUGGGACUUCGAGCGAAUUUACCGCACCGGCAAAGCCAAGGUUUACACGCAUGUGUUUGAAAAAGAUCCUGGUUGGCUCGAGUUUGCGAAAGACGCGGAAGCAAGUAUCAUAUUCGGAAAGGACUUUGGAGAGAUGCUAUUGCCACGGGAUGAAGACUGCUGCCCUCAUUUCAAGAUCGUUCCUAAAGGCCAAGAUUAUCUUGCGAUCGGAAUGGACAAGAUCCAAUACCUGGUCGAUAGAUGGACCGGGAUCGAUGAAAAGGACAAGAUUGUUGCCAGGCUAUCCCAUUGGUAUGCCUGGAAACGGGGCGCGGAGCCCUUUGGUCACCACCACGGUUGCGAUGAGCAUGUCGAACAGGUCGACUCCGGUUGCUUUCCUGUCCAAAGGCUCAUGAGAGUCCCGCACUAUGAUACACAAGAAAAGGACAUGGCCAUUCUAAAAAGAAAGAGAGGCCGGCUGUACUCGUCUCAGGAUGUCGAGGUCAUGAAUGUGGCGAUCCGGACGGAUGUGAGCGAAGCGGCCGACAGUGAGGAACCCAACCCCCACACGAGGGGGAAGUUCCGGAAGACUGGGGUGGUCGUGUUUGGGAAUCGACCUGGUCCAAAAAAGCUGAAGAAGCUUGCCCAGGCCAAUGAUUCGGUCCUUCAAACUGGAAACAUUGCGCUAGACAGGCGGAAUUCUAACCUCUCUGAACUCUCAUCGGUGUCCGAAAUGGGACGUUUCAGCAGAUGCAAGCGUGCUGGCGACUCACGAUGGUCACGAUUGAGAGGGAAGGAGUAUCCAACACUAAAGCUUCCUAUCAUCGAAUGAUGGUAUAAAAUAGAGGGACACCAGGCAGUUUGUCUUCAAAACAGAUCCAUGAGCAGAGCUCGUUAUCCGA